AUGCGGAUUCUUCUUUCAAAACUUCCCCGGCCGUGGAUAGUUGAUGAGAAAAAGGACGAUGGGUAUACAGCCCUUCAUCUUGCUGCCCUCAAUAACCAUGUUGAAGUCGCCGAAUUAUUGGCUCGAGUUGGCAAAGCUGACCUGGAUCUUCAGAAUGUCAAUUUGCAGACUGCGCUACAUCUUGCCGUGGAGCGUCAGCAUACUCAAAUCGUUCGAUUGCUGGUACGAGAGGGUGCGAAUGUUAACGUCGCUGAUAAGGACGGCGAUACACCUCUUCACGAAGCACUGCGUCAUCAUACGCUAUCACAGCUACGGCAAUUGCAAGAUGUCAAGGAUGUAGGACGACUAUUAAUGGGUCUCGGUUCACAAGGACAAGAUAAGAAGAGCAGCUCUUUUAUCGCUUGUUUUCUAGCAGCUCAUGGCGCUGAUCUUGAGCUCAAAAACAAAAAGGGACAAACUCCACUCGAUCUUUGUCCUGAUCCCAAUCUUUGCAAGACUCUUACAAAUUGUCACAAAAACAAGGAGUCGCACGAUAUCGAGACAAUGACACACGCCCAGACAAUCGAUGAAUGCUUGGUUUGCUCGGACGCGAAAAGAGAAAUGUUAUUUAAUCCUUGUGGUCACGUCGUCUGCUGCAAUGCCUGCGCGCCGAGGGUCAAAAAAUGUUUAAUUUGCCGUGAAAAUGUUGUGUCACGAGUUAAAAUUGAAGAAUGCGUGGUUUGUUCCGAUCGCAAAGCUGGCAUUCUAUUCCGUCCAUGCGGUCAUAUGUGUGCCUGUGAAAGCUGCGCCACCCUGAUGAAGAAAUGUGUCCAGUGUCGGGCUCAAAUUCAGCACAUGGUACCCUUGUCCAUCUGUUGCGGCGGAGGAGGUGAUAUUUCUUAUAUUAAAGGACAAAAUGCCUCAGGUACGAUAUCGGAAGUUAAAUCUGACGUCGAGGAUGAAUCCGUGCUGCUGAAUACUAAUAAUACUAACACAGAGGCGGUAUUAAUGAAUAACGGUAGUCGAGAUACAUCCCAUAUUGUCACUGAUUGUUGA